AUGGAUGUGAACGAAGAGGGUGACCAUAUUCAAGACGUAGUAGUUGCCUUCGGUAUUUCUCUCAAUGCAUCGACAAAAUCAGAAGUAAAUGCAUUCGGUUUCCCGAUGAAUAUAAACAAUGGUGAAACGAUGAGCACUUGUGCCGGUACGUCAGCAAAACCAUCACUUUUUCUGAUGCCUUCCUUCAGUGGUAUGCAGAUUAAAUGUGGCAUGGGUGGAGGUUCAUCUGGUGGUCCAUGGCUUCAAAAAUUCAACUCUAAUACUCUAUCAGGCGAGAAAGUCUCAGUGACCAGCUUCUCGUAUGCAUUGGCACCUGUUAAAAUGCAUGGCCCACAUUUUAAUGAGGGCAAUAUUGGCUCACUUUUUCUUGAAAAUCAACAUAACUAA